AUGCCGACGGGCAGCGCGACGGCGUGGUUCCUGCUGGCGACGCUGGCGCUGACGGCGGCGGCCACGGCGCUGCUGUGCGCCGCCAUGAUGACCGACCGCUGGGAGCAGCUGUCGUGGAGCCGCGCGCGCCUCAACCAGUCGCUGGCGCCGGUCGCGGCCGAGUGGCUGCUGGGCGGGCGCGCCGCGCGGCUCGUGCUCGGCGUGACGCGCCGCCUCGCGCCCGGCUCCGCCUCCGCCUUCAGCCGCCAGGAGGACGCCGUCUUCCUCGUGCCCACGCACGGCGGCAUCUGGACGCUUUGCACCUCGCUGACCGAGGAGCAGCAGCAGCUGCUGUCUGAGGUGGGCUUCACCAGACCGGACUGCGUGCACUACCUGUCACCCGAGGCGGCGCGGCCCGAGGAGUCGCGACCCGACUGGCAGCACCGCAUGCAGAACCUGUCCAUCUCGUGCGCUCUGGUCUGCCUCAUCGUGUUGGGCAGCGCAGCCCUGGUGGGCGCCUUCGGAGUCCUGCGACACCAGAUCAGCGCCGUCCUGAUCACCGGCGUCAUGUACCUGCUCGCCGCGACGUUCGCGAUGUUCACGCUCACCAUCAUGCACUUCAAGCGCGCGCAGGGCCGCGCGGCGCGCGUCGACUCGCUGUGCGUGGGCCAGGGCGCGGACGAGGCGUCGCUGCUGACGGACGGCGUGUCGCCGAGCGGCGCGGCGCUGGAGCGGCGCCAGCUGCGCCUGGACGCGGCCGUGCUGCGCGCGCGCCUCUUCGCGCCCGGCUGGAGCGUCGACCUGGGCUGGGGCGGCGUGGCGCUGUGCGCCGUCGCCGCCGUGCUCUGGCUGCUGCUGUCCAAGAUCAUGCGCUACCGCAGCCCGCUCGCCUCGCUGUUGCCCGCAUAGCGACCCGCCGGAGGGGGGAGGCCGCGCCGCAGCGCCAGCGCGCCCGUCAGCGUCUGAGCGCCGCGCGGCUCGCCGCAGCGUUCCGCCGCUUCUCUGCUUACCCGACGCUCCCUGCCCGACAACGGACUCCACACGACGACCAAACACUGCUCGGACAGUUCGCGAACCGGAACACGAUUGCGAGUGAUCGACGUCAAUAUCUGCACUACAGUGGACAGAAAAUAAUAUGUCUGCCACCUCGCCGACAAGCAAUAAUUAUACUCCGAUGAAAAUUACUUGUUAGUUGCCGACCAACUGUACAGUGCAUACAUCCGAGCACUUACUAAACUAUUUCGAGCUAUCGUGUCGUGUUCGGAUAGAUUGCUUGCAGAAACCCAACUUUUUGUCUCCCGUUACGGAGCUUCUAGCUUCUAUCGAGUUCCGUUUCACAGCCCGGCUCACCACUGACUUAACAAGGAGACGGAACGACCGCGGGGUCCGGGAUUUUCCCGAAAUUUCGUGUGGUGAAAGAGGACUCCUAACGCCUCACGUGGUUAAAAUAUUAGGUCGCACUACUCGGAAAAUUCCGAGAAAAAUCGAUCCAAAGCUUCUUAGGUGCCUUAUGAGUAUAAAUUGUUAGUCCAUUGCCGAGCCGCCGUCUGGCCUACAUGGUUAGCGGUCGGACUCCUGCGCCAGAGGUCUCGGCUUCGAUUCCUCCUCCGGCACACUUUUUUUUUUCUUCUGUUGCUUGCAAAAUUGCAGCCCACUGUUACAGGAGAAUCGUGAAAUUAAUUCCCGGGAAGACUAUAUAAAAAUUCAUUCUAUAAUUCACCGUCAGUUAUCGUCAGCAAUAUUCCGAGACAUGAUUCAAUAUGCCUGGUUUGCCUCAAAAUUGUCAGAAACUUAAAACAUUUUGGUAAAUGUUAAUGGGGCAUAUUUUUGUACAGAUUUAUUGCAAACGCCCUGUGAUUGUAAAACAUCCGCUUUUAUAUGUUGCGUAAGAUGUCCCAAAAAUUAUUGCUUUGCUUGUUUUUACAAUAAUUACCACUUCGGUUCUUGUUUAUAAUCAUUAUAUGUAUAAUAAUUGAAUGUUUCCCAAUGGAAUUUGUUAUCCUGAUUAAAAACCCAAUGAUUCUCCUUAUAUACUUUACAAUGAUAAAUGGAAAACCCACCGCCAUGAAUUGUGUUGUUGGACAAAAAGAAAAUAAUUUUUAUUCAAUAAUGUAACUAAUCUGUUAAAGAUAACGUAGGUUUCGGAAACUUUCUGAAUAAUUGGUGGAAUAACAAAAGUAAAUGAAACAGAAGAAAAAAAAGGUGCCUGAGGAGGAAUAGAACCCGAGACCUGUGGCGUAAGAGUCCCAGCCCCAAACUUUUUUUUUUUUUUUUAAUCUGAUUUUGUGCGCCUUUGUUCGUUGCAUCUGCUCGUGGCGGACGUCGUAAGACAUCCGUUUUAAUUUCGUUAUUGAUCGAUUAACUCAGUUUUUUUUAUUACAGAGCGCACCUAACCCUCUGACCGAACACGCUGAGCUACCGUGCCGGCAAAAACGUCUAGCCCAGACGGCGGCUCGGUAAUGGACUAACAUUUUAUACUCUUAAGGCAUCUAAGAAACUUUUGACCGAUUUUUCCCGGGAUUUUCUGGGUAGUGCUUCCUAAUAUUUUAACCAGGUGUUAGAAGUCCUCUUUCACCACACAAAAUUUCGGACAAAUCCCCGACCCCACGCUCGUGCCGUCUCCUUGUAAGUAAUAUUUCGUUUCCGCGAGCUCCCCCGUCGAAGUGUGACGUCACAUGUUUUUAAAACUCGAGCAAAAAUAGUCGUUCCCCGUUGCCGUCGUCAUCCGCUACUGCUGUGAAGAUUGGUAUCGAUCUUAUUCGCCACCAGACUCCAGACAGUAUUAAGUUUCACACCCUCGUCCUUCCGAGAAAAAUCAUUGUCGAGUUUAAUGUACCCCAUCGCCGAUAUCGAGCGAUAAUUUUAGUCGGAAGAAGGAAGAUGUGAAACUGGACGUUCGAAUUCUUGUAUAUAUUGUUCAAUAACCUCCAUCACCUCUGUCGAGAUUAUAGUUCAAAAUGUUCACAUGUGUGUGAAGUCUUAUGGGACUUAACUGCUAAGGUCAUCAGUCCCUAAGCUUACACACUACUUAACCUAAAGUAUACUGAGGACAAACACACACACCCAUGCCCGAGGGAGGACUCGAGGAUCCGCCACGACCAGCCACACACUCCAGGACUGCAGCGCCUAGACCGCUCGGCUAAUCCCGCACGGCUGUCGAGAUUAUUAAACACGAUAAUAAUUUUAAUUGGAAGGAGGAGCGGGUGAAAUUGAACGCCACCUGGAUUCUGGUGAUGUACAUGUGCUAGUCUACCAUGUGACGACAGGGUUACCAACGGUAAAUUGCGCUCGAGCUAUCAAAAACAUAUGACGUCACACCUCUGUUUAGGAGCACGCGGAAACUGAAUAUUACCUUAGCAGUGAGCCAGGGAGUGCAUCGAAACUUCAUAGAAGCCGCGUAUGCCUUCCACCCCGUCCUCCUCUUUGAAGUACUGCACAGAAGGGGUCGAAACGUUGUGUUUUUCAAAAAAAUUCACCUGUUCAUAGAGUCAUAGCCCGGAAUAUUUUAGUAAGUGUCGAUGCUGCCUGUCACGUGGCACCACGGCCAUGCCAAACAGCUUCUCAGCUGCCCCUCGCCUGGAAGAGCAACAAGCUAGACGCGGGGAACGAAUUUACUGGCCGCUGCGGUAGGCUAUAGACAACCCGACAGCGGGCGGGGCGUGGCACUCCGGCUACUGUGCACUACUCGAACUUGACUGGCGCCUCAUCGCCGCGCACUAGCAAUGGAGUAAAAGUGUCGCGUGAAGUAGAGUGCUCUGAUUGGACGCACUGGUUGCAAGACGCGAAGCGUCAGCUAACAAGUAAUUCUUAUCAGACAGGGAACUGGUGCCUUCUGAGCCGGUACAAACUGACUCUCCACUUUUUGUGGAAAAGAGAUACGAACGACGUGCCUCAGAUCUCAAGUUGCUGAGACAUUCGCUGCACAGAGCCACACUCGGUACACUGCGCGUAACACGUACAACCACCGAUGACUUACGUUGAGCGCAGUCGAGGGAACUGUUUGCACCAGGCAACAGUAUAGCACUGUGUUAUUUUGUGGUGUGGAGCAAAACUAAAGCUGGAGCGCUAACCACAACUCUUCUGAUGAAUCAUUAUCAGUGGUAGUUGUACCAUACGAGCGGCCAGAGAAACACGAAAGUGUGGGUGGCACUCAUUUGCCGAGAACGGUAGAUACAGCAAGGAACUACUGCAGAGAUCCAUUUGUAACGCUAGGAUCACCACUGCUGCAAAACUGUUGUUUUCUUGAUAAUUUAAGACUGAGAGUAAGGUCAAAUUAGGCGGGCUUUGACAAAUGGCUGCUAGAGAUUAUACGUGGGAUCUAAGUCGAUUCUCAGUCACGUUGCUGAACUGAGUUGUUCAACCGAAGCAAAUGGACUGAUAUGAAUCAGUACUGACUGUUUUCCGGUGGCUGAAAACGUUACUUAGCAAACACCGUUGUAUUUAGUUUGUCUGCAUCUACAAAAACAAAACUCAAUUCCUGAAAUGUUGUGUGAGAUUGAAUUUUAAAGCAGUUCGUUUAUCUGCAUAUAAGACGAAUUAAAUACUGCGUUGUCUCCUACAUAAAGUAGGUAGCGAGUGGAAAGCAUUCACUAUCGAUAAACGUAUUUCGAAUUCUAUCCGUCAAGCAAGUCACAUCAACCACCACCACCACACUGAUAUUUUACCCACCGUUACCAAGCUUUGAAACAGUCUACCUGUGUUGCCCACUGCAACAGCCAUACCGUUAUAUGUCAGCAAACCCCUGCUCCCCUACCAUUCGGCAAUGAAAAUACCUCAAACGCAUUACCUGUUCUUUUAAUAGUCCGUAUUAUUCUCUCCCCAAGUAGCAGAAUAAAAAAAUAAGAAAAGUAACAGCUUCGUCACGUUACACUUCAAGUAGCGGCGAAAUGUAAAGUUAUUCUUCCAGGCACAGUCCGCUCUGACUGGCUAUAGCAGUACAAUUUUCGGGCUGAAAAGCCUUACGCAUACACCCACCGACAUAGUCCAUGUUUCGAGUUAAGCAUUCUGAACAGCGUGUAAAAAUCACUACAUUCUUCGCUCAGCUGAACAGGAAAGUACAAAAAGGAUUAGUUCCUAAAAAUAUAUAUGAAAUGGAACAACGAAUUCUUCGGGCACAGCUUCGCAUAGUGAGAAAAUAUGGUUAAUUGCGUAUAAGCCAUGUCUCAGAUUUUCAAAAACACGGUGGACUUUUUACUCGAAGAAUUAAUUUUAAUUAUGUCCUAAAUUUAAAAGUCACAGUGCCUCUGCCACAACCAAAAUAUCGAAGUGCCUUCCACUUAUUUUCGUCUCUCCAUGUAUCGGAGGAUUUUUUUUACGCAAUACCUUAUGAAAAACACAUUCUAAAUAUUUUAUAAUUUGUACAGCGGACAUGUUUCACUAGUGAGAAGAGAUUGUUGUUGUAAUCAUCCCUCUAAAAACAACGACGUUUCAAACACCACCAUCCAUGUCCUUCUACAAAUGUUUGACUCAAAAUCCCUUGAAGCCAAAGGGCUCUGGAGGAAGUACUGAGAAAGUGUCAGGUUCUGCAUAUCAAUGGCACAGGAUGUACAACACGGACUGCGAUCUCCAUUAUUCCAAACGAGAUUCAAGACACAGAAACAUGGUUUUCGCUUACCGAAACAGCAAGCGUUUUUCACUACAAGCAAAAUUUGUAACUUUUGUAUCUGCCGAGAGAUUGAAUCAACUAUUGUUGAAACGUAUUGUUUUUGUAAAGGAUUUGUGCAGGUAGUGAAAAGAGGGGCCUGUUAUUAUAAUCUUCAGUCUGAAGAAAGUUUAAUGCAGCUCUCGUAUGUCCUACCCAAGUCUCUUCAUGUAAGUCGACAGGCUUUCGUGGCCGUUGUCACUGAAGAUAGUCUCUUCUAGGAUGUUAAGCCUCAUCAUACUUCUUCUAUAAGAGCGACCUUUCGACCUCUCUUUGAGAUAUUCUUCCGAUUCGUAGUGUCCACUGUUGACUGAACGAUCAACAAUCAGCAAUGGACACCGCAAGGUCCUGAGGAAAAUCCCAGCAGAGAAGUUGAAACGUCCAUCGCGGCUUAACAUCCCAGAAGAUUUUAAACUCCUUUCAUCUCUGCUUAAAUAACUGCAACCUACAGCCAUUCGAAUCUUCUUAAAUAACUGCAACCUACAGCCAUUCGAAUCUGCUUACUGUAUACAAGUGUCGGGCUCCCUCAACAACACGCACUACCCACGAUUACCUUAAUUACCUGGUAACUGUUUCUGGAUGUGUAAGGAUGUGUCUUAUCAACUUUUAUUUUAGUCAACUUGUGCCAUAAGGCUCUUUAUUUUCGAAAUCGAUUCAGUACCUCUUCUUUACUUAUUUGGUUUACCCAUUUAAUGUUCAGCAUUCUUCUGCAGCACCACAGAUCGCAAAACACUCGAUUCCAUGUAAGGCUUGAUCCCAGAAAAUCCUUCCUGACACUCAAAUACGUUGACAUUUCUCUUUUUCAGGAAAGAAUGUCUUGAUAUUUCCAAUCUGUAUCUCACAUCCUCUUUACUUCGGUCAUACUCCGUUAUUUUGUUGCCCAACUAGCAAAAUUCGUCCACUACUUGCAGCAUUCAUUUCCCGAUUUGAUUCCCCCUGUAUCAUCUGACUUACUUCGACUACACUACUACACUCCAUAUCCUAUUUUACCUUUCUUAAUUAUCUUAUUGUCUCUUUUCAAGGCACUAUCCAUUCCGCUCAAACUGAUUUUUCAACUUAUUUGCCUCCUCUGACAAUAUUACAAGAUCAUCGAUGAACCGAAAAGCUUUUUUCUUCCUUCUGAACUUUAACCCUCUUUACCCUAAAUAUCUCCUUAUUUCAUUUUAAAGAGUGCGAAUUGAAUAAAAUGGGAUAAGCUAGGAUCCUGUCCCACUUCUUUCUCAACCACUGCCAUUCUUCCAUGUCCCUCCUCUCUUAUAACUGUUGUCUGGUUUGUGCACAAUCUGUAUAUAACUUUUUCGCUGUCUUCAUUAUAUCGCUGAUAACUUCAGAAUUUCAAACAGGGUAUUGCAGUCAACGUUGUAAAAAGCCUGUUCUAAAUCUGCAGACGCUGUAACAGUGACUUUUUAAGAAUAGGAGUACGUUGACUUAGCAGAUAUCCGUUUUCGCUGCGGCUCUUUUCGCAGAAAUGGUCACGGAAUUUGUGAAACAAAGGGUGAUUUCUUAUGGCAUAGUCUCAUGUAAGCAACAAGUAGAGAGGCUCAGACUUAUUUGUUUAGCGAGAAAUGUAUCUCUCUCGCUUAGUACAUCUUCCAACUAUUUUAGCGAUAUAUUUCAUAAAGGAUUUUGACACGAGUUAUAGAAUGCCGUUAAAAAUGUAAUUCCUUUCAUUUAGAAAAGAUCUUAGUUGUUCCAACAUUUUGGUAGAUAUUAAGGUUACGAAAAUUAACUAUCCAACAAACACUCACACUUUUACCCACUAUCAUUAGCCGAAAACCUUGUUUCAGUAUCUCGGACCGCUUAUAAAAUGUUAGGAUUCCAUGUUGCGUGUGGGAGAGAGCCCUGUAUACUUCCUUCAUCUAUUGUGAAACAUUGUAUUUUAGUAAUUUAUCAUACAUGCAUGACUCGAAAAGGUAGGUUUCAUGACUCUAUUGUCGGCUUGAGUCGUAUUAUUUCCACAACUACAGGAAACUGAUAUUCACUGUCACUCGCUUACAUUCCAUUUCAACAUAUCGGACGUGGAACAGUUCUGCUCUGCUCGAAUAUUUAUAAGCUCCAAGUGUCGCUGAAGUGUUUUCAUCAGUGACUCAGAAAUGGUUGAAGUAAAAAAAAAUGUGGUGGAUCCUUGGGAAUUCGUUAUGACUUCAAAAGCUUUAAGUGGUUGAGGGCAUCAUUUCGUUAUAGUGAUUUGUAUCUCUGAUUGAGAAGCACUGUCAUAUAAAAAGACAGAAACCUUACGAAGUGAAUCCAUUUUUCUCUUCUCUGUCGUCUCCACAUUUUUGUCGGUCAUUGAUGGCGCCUCACGAUCUAUGUACUGUGUUGUCAACUGUCAAAAGUUGGCCGACUCGGUGAUCCUCUAUACAACAUAUUACGCCGCAUUUAGUCUUCGUAGACGGGCUGAGGUAUUGGACUCCCAAUGUAGUCACGUCAGUUCUUCGGAAUUUAUAUAUUAUGUAACUAGAGUUUCAGUAGUUCUUAGAGUAUAUUUUACGGUCUUUUCCCUAAAUUUUUGAUCAACGAAAGUAGAAACAAUUACUCAAUAGCUUAACGAAGAUCUUAACUUCUACUAGUUCUCAUUUCAAUGCAGUUCGCAAUUCUCUUAUUUUACCACUGUGGCCGCUGGGGGAAUGAAAUAUUGAUUUUCUCUUAAACGACUUUCCCAUAACUAUAUUUUAGUUAUUAUCGUCGAACGGUCAUAUAAAAAUAAACGAAUAGAGAAGAUAGUUACUUCCAACUAUUGGAUUUCAAAGUGUCUCAGGAACGAGAGACGUAAAAGAAAUAGGACCUUAGAUUUCUCUUUUCACUCAUAAGGGUGUUUAAUAUGUUUACCUCACGGGAAAUUCCUAGGGUGUCAUAUUUAAAUUUUUAGCUCUCACACUAUAAGUUUUUCCAUUGCACCAGAACAACCAGAUGCAAGAAAAUGCUUGAUGUUAGAGGAAAAGCAUUGCUUGAAAUCGAAUGUGAGUUGCUAAUUCCCGUGUAGCUCAGAGGGGGAACACCGGCUGUCAUCAACAGAGUAUUGGCUCUACUUUUUCGGCUUUGAUGUGCAAGGAACAGUUCGGUUCUUUGUAUCGAAUUCGGUAAUAAUUAUUUGACUAACAUUUCACUAUUAAUCUGUUAAUUUCAUCACCAGUUUUGAAGACAGCGUCGGAGGAAAAUUCUGUGCUGAAAGAUGAUCAAAGAAUCGGGUAAAAGCAAAGCAUUAUUAAUAUCUGUUUCCAUUGUAUGCGGUUGCUAUUCGGCCAAUACCGCUGUGGAAAAUGUGGGAACUAUUUCGAACGGCUGAAGCAUUCUUGCAGCCUUAAAGUAAACAAUAAAACGCUUUAACCAGUCACUUGGUUUCAAAUGGCCGAUGCAGUUCUCAGGAACGCAAUGCCGUUAGAAUUUCUGUAGUUUUAUUCCACUUGUGCUGUGUGCAGAGGUGCGGAAGACCUUUCACAGACCUCAAGAAACAAUAAAGUGCAUUAAAACAAGUUACUUCAGAUGAUAAAGUAGGUUUCGGAAACCCAGUAUUUUUCUCUUUGCGACUUAAAUGUCAAAGGUGUAAAGAAAAAUGAACUAACGCUAGGGGCGCUACUUUUGGAGAACUAUUUAUUACUGAAAUUGUUAUAACAUUAAUAGCUUAACCUUUCUACCACAAAGAUCUUAACGGCUGCCAGUUUGUAAUGCCGAUAAAGGGCGAACUAUGAGAUUUUCGACUGACCCCACUUGUUUGAAAUAAAUUCUUCAACUGCCUUUCAGCAAAUAAUUCACUGGUAUCAAAUCUGGCGAUCAGAUACUGCUACUAAUAUCCUAGAAAUACAAGCUUCUGUGUGAAAUUAAGCAUUUUUAUCUAGCACUUUAUCUAAAGUAGUUUGCUUUGGUGUACAUUAUCAUCUUCGAAAUUUGUUGCUACGCUCUCUAUAUUUAUCUUGGAAAGUGCUGCAUAUGAACUGCGAGAUACGUUAUUUUCAAACUCAAAGUGAUCAGUAUUGUAGGUGAUUAAUAUUAACGACGUUGUAUACCUGAGCUGCUGAUCUGCCAAAAUUUUAACUUUUCUGUAGAAGGAACUAAUCCUUCGAAACGUGACGUAAGUAAAAGAAUAAAAACUAGUUACUGAUUACGAAGCAAUUUCACAAACAGAGCACAGCCUUUACAAACAUAUCUAUGUGUGAAGUCACAUAAUUUGGCAAUUUCCUCAGUUAAAUGCAUCGCCUCCACCUGAUGUUCAAAGUACCACAUAUAAACUACGGUCUUUGUUCCCCGCUUCCGGACUUAAACUGGUGAUGCAACACACUACUCUUCCAAGCAGGAAGCCCCCACUCACUGUAUUUCAGACAACCAUGGUACCAUUGCUUAAAACACGACAAUGCAGUUAUUACAAAAUAUUCAGUUGUAUGUAAAAAUGACAGUUCUAGGGUUUUAAAUCUGAGUUUGAGGAAGUUAACAAUAACCGAGUGGUUUUAUACGUAUAGUCACAAAUCAAUAUGCCAGUGAUUACGUGUGUAAACAGCUUACUUCUGUCUCCCAGUGGCUUUACGGAAUGGUCGAAAUGUCAAAGCCGAAGUUGACCGAUGCAGUCCUAUCUCUGUUCUGCAAUAAGGUCUUCAGCAUUCUCUGAAAAGUCCUUAGACUUGAAUACACAAGCAAAUUACUGUUUCGUACAAUUCCAACACUAGUGUUAAAAUGUCUCUUUCACUUCUUCUCAUUUCACGUAAGGAACAAGCUAACAUUUACUCUUUGUGAUAUUUUCUUGUAGUGUCGAGCGUCAACGAUUAUUUCAUUCUGCUCUUGCACGGAGAUGAAUUGAUACCCAUUUUUUGCAACGAUAGAAGCGGCUUAAUUACUACCAGCGGUUGCAUUCUGAGCACUAAUUAUACACUAGUCAUACAGGUUGAACAAUUUCAGCUACACACGGUGUUCCUCCAGAAAACGACGAAUUCAUAGUUUAAGUGAUAUCAAACGCACUGUUCGUUAAGAUAGGCGUAAAGUGAAUUAUCUAUUCAAAGAAAACAUGUCUGUUGCACGACGUUCUUCGACAAAUGUUAAACUGAUAACCAUCGUUGCGUCAGACAGAGCUGAUAAGGCCGAGUAGUGAAUUCAUAAUUUGUAUGAGACAUGUCGUUUGAAACUAGUAGAUUUAUGACUCGUUUAACGGCAUAAACCUUAGCUUUGAAAUAUUACCAUAGAAAAUGACCAUGUAUGUGAGUUUCGGUAAACAACCCGCACAGUUUUCUUGAUACCACUGACGAAACUCAGCUCUGUUUUCAGUAUCAAGUUAUGUUGGUGUAAAAAUUUUCCAAUAAACUCUCUUAAAUGUACGAUGGACGGUUGACUUUCUGAUAACGAGCUCGUCAUGCAGACAAUUAUGGGGACUGAAGGAGGGUAUCAGUUGCAGUUUCUCUUUUGAGAUACCGAUAGAUGACAGCAGUCUUCCAGAAUAUUGUUCGUGGAUCUCAUGCAUCGUAUUCAGGUGCUUUAAAACAGUCCCCGAUACGAUUAACUGUGUAUUGCGUACUUCAUUCCUGUUAAUAUCAGUUCUAAAGUAUCGAUGUAUCUAUUAUAAUUAUGUUCUCGUAUUUCCACAUUUCAGCAGAUUUUUUUUUUUUCGCUAAGAGUUCCAGUCGUGCCUCAGACUCUACAUCAAACCAGUUACACUUUUAAAAAAGAAAAAAUUUGUGAGUCACGAACAGUGAACGAACAAGUACAACUCUUUAGAACACCGUGUGUCCAAAAAUCGCUAAGUAGCAAAUCGGUGCGUAGCACAAGCAUGACAUGAGGACAUCUACUACCAUUCUUCCAACAUAGAUUUCUCAUCGAUAUUUACACUACACUGAAAGUAAAUGUCGUUGAUUCACUGUUUCACAUAUUUCACAUUGUUUACAGCUCAGCUUCGUUUACAGGGAUUUUCCUUACGUUUGUCCCAGCAGUCUCAAUACACAAGUCUUUGCGUAGUAAAUAUGACUAUUAGGUACGCAUUUCUAUUCCUUAUUCUUAAAGUAAUGAGACCUUCGUCACCGGCUUCAACCAGAACGCGUACGAAGUGCAAAAACAACGAUUCUUUGUAGGAAGCACUGUAAGAUAAUUAUCUUAUUUGCCAUCAUAUCAAAUAUAUCCGAGGGUAAUUAGAAACGGCACUGUAUAAGAAUAAAUACUAUUUUACGAAGUUUAAAUACAAUUUCGAAUCUGCACCGACUUCUUUGCGUAGUUUUUGAAGAAGUCAUUCCGAAUGCACUCACGUCGGUACACGAAAGACUGCGCGCCGCGAUGUCAGCACUUGUGCUGGUUUCCGGGGAGAAGACCAGGGCUAACGAUGGCUCCCUCUCCAUCUUCCCGCGCAGGCGCAGCUCCUAAGCUUAGGGAACUGUCCAGGAGCUGCGUAGAGCAACGCAGCAGCUUUGGCCGCCGCAGCGAGAGGGCCUGUGACGUCAUCGUCCAGCCAGCCCUCGUUUCGCAACCAAAAGCCGGCGGAAUGCUCUCCUUCCCCCUCCAGAUAACGUAACGUGGCUGAACAAGCGCAGCUUCCAGCUUCCGCCCAGUUUUUCCCUUAAUUAUAGUCUCAUGCUCCGCAACAACACAUCCGUACAAAGUUGUAGGGGAUAUAAGUCGGCUCUUACUUUUUUUCCAAAGUAAGGCUAGUUGUGCUGCCAGCGUAGGCAAAUUUAGAGAGUGACUCUUCCUGUAACAUUAUACCAGGCACCGCCCACAGCACGGCGCCGAACAUCUUGUUACGUAUGUACUGCGUGAUAUUGUAAACAAGCUAACUGUGCUGACAAUAAAAAUAUUGGCAAUUUUCUUUGUUCA